GGGAUUUACAUGUGUAUGUAUAGUGUCCCCCCUUCUGAGUUUUAUGAUUAUUGCAUCAGCCAAAACGGAUAACGUUGCCUUUUCCAAACACAUGUUUAGUACCGAUGAGUAAAUGCGUGCUAGUGGUCUACUAAAUUUCUCGCGACAGGCAACAACUACAAAUUAUACUUCAAGUGACUAUAUUAUCCAUACUAAAAUAUCCUGGGUGCACAUCUUAUGCAAGUGCAGUGUUCAGUAAUGCCACUUGCAUCAGACACAGUUAAUACAUAGCAGUGGCAAGUAAGACGGAAAAUUGUAUGAUUCGGAUCAACAUAAGAAUCACCAAUCAAUAUUAAUUUUGCUGGAAGAGGGAUGUCAAGGAGAUUUCCAGCAGAUCGGGGCAGAGGUCCAAAUAACCAACGUAUCCCACGGAGGAUUUUAAACAAUGCAUCAUCAAUGGAAAAUGUCAAUAAUGAUAACGACAAUUUUCGCAGAUGGAGCAGGCGUCUGCCUAACAGUCAUAAUCCAAGAGGAAAUUUAAGCAAUGCUUCCUCUAUGGAGAGUGUUAAUGUUCGCGAUAAUGAGCUAAGACACAACUGGCGUGGACAAGGACAAGGAAGUAAUAGCAAUGGAUUUCGAGGACGGCGCCCAGAUCACUUUCGCUCUAAUCGCUUACCGAACACCGACAGUCGUCCUGAUGGUCGUCCGGAUGGUCGUCCUAGAGUCGGUUUCUUUGGAUUCAAGAAAUUGGAAGAACUUCUCACCAAAAACCCGGAGGAAGCGCUCAUGACAUUUCUGAGCAACAUUGAGAAAGUGGACAACUAUCUCAAGAGCGUUGAAAUAUCACCCGAUAGUAUUGUGUUAGUAGUCGAGGUGCUUGCCAAUGUGAUAAAGUCGGUAUUUGCAGAGAGCGUCGCACAACUUCUGCUCGCAAUUUUUCGCAUUAAUUUUUUUGAACCGAUGAAAAGUUACAUUAUGCAGCUGCCGCUCGCAGACAGUGCUAAGAAGAAUAAAGGUCGGCGCUUCUGGAACGAUCCCGAACAGUUUUUCCUCAAUGUAGCGCUGAUUCUAGACGCUUUCGUGGAAGUUCUUCCGACGACAGCGUUGGACAUUGCACCGGAAAUUGUAAAGGCAGUUCUGUACACCCAGCCGAAUCUUGAAACUGAUCAUCGGCUGGUAUUUUCCAAUGAGAUGGGCAUUGCGUACGAAGAUUUGCAACUGAAACUGUUGCAACUUGUCGAGAAAAAGGACAAGAAAAAGAAGCAGAAAGAGAAUUUAGGCUACACCGAGGAGGAAGAACCGCCGCCGAAUGAUUUUCACGACAUUGACGUGUAUCCAACAGCUUUGGAAAUCACCACUCGCACAUCAAAUUAUCUACGCAAAAACGUUAUCAAGGGUGCCUAUCAAGAUGUGCAUCACUAUCUUGAUGUACAGUAUCGCUUGCUGCGCGAAGAUUUUGUUGCGCCAUUGAGGGAUGGUAUUUGCGAAUAUUUUGAGAUGAUUAAAGAUGGACGCAAACAAAAAUUAUCUAGCAUCAAAAUAUACAAGGACGUGCUCUGUUUAGGCGUCGUACCAAAUGUCAACCAGGUCGGUUAUCUUGUGCAGGCUUUCAAACCAAAGUCCAUCCGGAAUCUCGAGCACACGAAGCGAUUCAUGUUCGGGUCACUGGUGUGCCUUACACCGGACAAUUUCACCACCAUUAUAUUUGGUAAAAUUAUCGACAGAGACAUGAAGUAUCUCAAUAUUGGAAGACUUGUACUGGGAUUUGAUGUGGGCGUAGAAUUAGACAUUAAUAGAAUGUACGAUAUGGUAGAAUGCAGUAUUUACUUUGAGCCCUACUAUCAGGUACUCACAGCACUUAAACAAAUGGACGAGCAGCGCUUUCCUCUUAAAGAAUACCUAGUUGAAGUGCGUACGGAGUCUGAGUUGCCGGGCUAUCUCCCUGGAAGUCAUGUUGAUUUAGGGCAUGAAACUGAUUCACUGAAUCCCAGCCAGCUCGCUGCUUACGAAGCCGCUAUGAUGAGCAAGUUUUGCAUUGUACAAGGUCCGCCAGGCACUGGCAAGACUUACCUCGCCUUAAAGAUGGCGCGUGAUUUGUUGGAGCGCAAGAAGAACUGGAUGAAGGCGCCAAUGCUCGUCAUUUGUUACACGAACCAUGCGUUGGAUCAGUUUCUUGAGGGGCUGCUGCCGUAUACGCAGAAUUUGGUACGGGUCGGCGGGCAGUGCAAAAACGAAAACUUGAAGAAUUUCAACUUGCGCAAUUUACGAGUGAAGAAUGUACCUGGUGAUUACUUCAACGCACAGCGUGCAAGCAAGUUUGAGGUAGCGAAUUGCUCGCGCGGGUUGAGCAUGUACGGCAGCAUCCUACAGGCCAUUAACGAAUACACGAGCGUGUUACGAUUUUCUUCAUUUAACCGUUUUGAUGUGGAUCCGGAAUUUGGAGGAUCCUGGUUUGCUCGUGCUAAACCAACAGAAUUGCUGGAGUGGUUACUGUAUCAACCAAACAAUGGAAACGAAGUUAAAUUUGCUGACUACGAGGCCGUCACACAGAUGAUAGAAAAGUUAAACAUCGAGGACAAUCAAAAUGCUAAUGUGGAGGAUGAUGAUACCACUGAUGACCCCCUGAAUGGCCAAAUAAAGCAAAACCAAUUAGACAUUGACCGCGACGAAGACCUUCAAAUUCGCUACGAUGUCGAACAAAAGGAUUUAUUCAACGUGCGCAAGGCGGAAGAGAAUAUGCAUGAGUUGGCAAAAGAGAUGAAUCGGUUAAGCGCAGUUGGUUUGGAGAAUACGAUUGAUUAUUUAACAGCUAUGCGAAAGAUGAUCAAGCUGCGCAUCGAUUAUGAUUACGUCUGUCAGAAACUGCGGAUGCUAAGGCAGCAGGAAGGCGAAGCAACCAUUUAUGUUGACUACGAGAACCCCACUUAUAUGCCGGCGAACGACCGUUGGCUACUCUAUGGCAACUGGGUGCGCCGCUACAAGAACUUAAUAAUGGAUUUGUACCUUCAAAAAGACGUGGAAUAUCGUCAGUUGUAUGCGAAAUUCACCGAGGUCAAGGACAUGUUAGAUUUGUAUAAGCUGAAGAAUGUGGACGUUAUCGGCAUGACCACAACGGGUGCAGCGCGCCUUCAUAAGACACUCCAGGCAUUGGGCUGUCCAAUCGUAAUCGUUGAAGAGGCGGCAGAAGUUCUGGAAGCGCAUAUCACUACCGCACUUAGCCCACAGUGUGAGCAUCUAAUACUCAUUGGUGACCACAAACAGCUCAAACCGUCGACUGCCGACUACACGAUCACUAGGGACUACAAUCUCGGCGUGAGUCUGUUCGAACGCAUGGUGAUGAACGGUUUGCACUGCCACACGCUCGAUGUACAGCAUCGCAUGCGUCCUGAGAUUGCGAACUUAGUGUGCCCUUCAAUCUACAAGGUCUUGCAUAAUCAUGACUCGGUGAAGCUGUAUCCGGAUGUGCGCGGCAUUGACGCGCCACUAUACUUUGUCACACACGACCAUCGUGAAACAGAAUCGCAGGACCGCAGUAAAGAGAAUCAGUUCGAGGCAGAGUAUCUUAUUCUAUUGGCACGGUACUUGACGCUAAACAAUUAUGAUGCCUCUAGAAUAACUAUAAUUGCGGCGUACUCAGGCCAGUGGUUUGUUCUGCGUGCUCUCAAAAAGAGAUAUCAUAUCUUGCGCGACAUGCGUAUUUGCAUUCUGGACAAUUUCCAGGGCGAAGAAAAUGACAUUAUUUUGCUCUCUCUAGUGCGGAAUAAUGAAGCAGGAAAGAACGGUUUCCUGAACUUGGAGAAUCGCAUAUGUGUCGCCUUAUCCAGAGCCAAGCACGGAAUGUACAUUCUAGGCAAUAUGCCGCAACUGUGCAACGGCAGUCCGAUUUGGCGCGAAGUGUCUACUGUUUUGGAAAAAUACGACGCUCUUGGUCCAUAUCUCACGGUGCGUUGUGUAAACCAUCCAGAUAACGUUACUCACCUUCGCGACACAGCCGACUUCGAUAAGGUGCCCGAAGGAGGAUGUCUCAAGAUCUGUGCCAAGGGCUUGGCGUGUGGUCACAAGUGCGCAAAGUUGUGUCACAGCACCUCACACGAUACCUACAAAUGCCAUCAGCCAUGCACAAAAGUGCUGUGCGAAUUCGGGCACAUCUGCCCUGACAAAUGCUUUGUGGAAUGCGAUAAAUGCAAAGUGCCCAAAUUCAGCGCGCUGCCGUGCGGGCACAGUAGGGACAUACCCUGUUAUCAGUUGCCUGAGGAAGUACUGUGUGAUGUUAAGGUACCAACUACGCUGCCGUGCGGUCAUCAAGCCGAAAAGCCCUGCCACGCAGACCCGAUAUCGUUUAGGUGCCCACAUCCCUGCGAAGCGCGCGUAGAGCCUUGCGGACACUCCUGCUCGAUGUUGUGUCAUGUUCGCAAAGAUCCCAAUCACGAAAAGUAUAUGUGUCGCAAACAGUGCGUCAAUUCAAACAAUGGUUGCACCAUGCCAGAUGAAUUCAAGCAUCCCUGUCAGAAGCGCUGCUUUGAGACCUGCGAUGUAUGUUGUGUGGAGGUCAAGAAGAGACGCAGUUGCGAUCACUACUAUGAUGUGCCAUGUCAUGCUGACGUUGAGGAUGUUCAGUGCAAGCGCCCUUGCAAACGUAAGUUGCUUUGCGAGCACAACUGUACGAAUAUCUGCAAAGACCCAUGUGGACCCUGUAAAGUUAAAGUACCCAAAAUUAUAUCCGAAUGCGGACAUACCAUUCAAUGGGAAUGUGGCAAACAGCCUGACAAAUCUAACUGCAAGAAUAAAGCGUGCCCGGCGAUACUUGACUGUGGACAUCCUUGCCCACUACCUUGCAAGCAGAAGUGUUCCACUGCAGUAUGCAAGAUUCUUGUGCCAGUGAUGUUGAAUGCUCCAUGUGGCCAUGUUCCCAAGGUGCCUUGCUAUAUGCGCUCGGAGACAGUCAUCACCAAUGAACUUCUCUCUUUCUGCACUGCCAAAUGCAGUGCUGUGCUGGAGUGUGCGCAUACUUGUCCAGGCACAUGUGGACAAUGCGCUCAAGGGCGCUUCCACGUUGCUUGCGCCGAGAAAUGCGACAAGACACUCAUCUGCGGUCAUGGCUGUGUUACACCCUGCGUAGAGAAUUGCAAACCGUGACGCCCUUGUCAGUAUAAAUGCGAACAUAGUGGAUGCACGAAACAGUGCGGUGUCCCGUGUACGCCUUGUUCCGAACAGUGUAAUAGAAAUUGUCCUCAUCAAAGGUGUUCGAGAACAUGCGGCGAAAUUUGCGACGUGCAGCCGUGCAAGGAGCCAUGCCCCAAACUUUUAGAUUGUUUACAUGAAUGUAUCGGAUUCUGCGGCGAUGUCUGCCCACCACUGUGUCGUAUUUGCGAUAAAAAUGAAGUGACUGAGGUAUUCUUUGGAACUGAAGACGAAGAAGAUGCUAGGUUUGUAUACCUCGCGCACUGUAAUCAUACGCUGGAAAGCUCCGGAUUGGAUCGGUGCUUUGGAGCAGACGAAGAUAACGAUGUGCAGGAGGUGAAGAUUCCUCGUUGUCCGAAAUGCACUGCUAACGUGCAGGUGCCGCGUUAUCGCGAUUAUAUUAAGGCUGCUCACAAGAAUGUGGAACAAAUCAAACAGCGCUACUUCGGCGGGCAUCCCAGGGAACUCACAGAACUUAACAGAGCGUUGAAGAAAGAUAUUCAAGACGCAAAGAAAGUUUACGGUGAACAUGUCUGUACAAAAGUGUUGGAAUUCUUUGAAGAUAAAAUAAAAAUUACCAACAAGAAGAAUCAACGCCAGGACCACUCUAAAUCCAAUUUGAUAUCUUUACGUGCACGCGUGAAAAUCUUUUUAGAGCUGGCAACUAUUCGUUACGGCGUCACAAUGCCUAAUUAUAUACCUUUGAGUAGUCCGAAGGUGAAACAACUCGUUGAUGAUUACCUCUCUUUUUUGUUCGGCAAACUCAUUUCGCCGGAUGUCUCCAUCAACCAAUAUCAGAUUCAAGAGUUCCAAAUCGAAGUUUUGCGCUUUAAUCGGAUCAUGAAUCUUGCGCGAGCCAUGAUAAUGAAUCCAGCAGUUGAAAAGUUGAAGGAAUAUGAGCCUUGCUACCGCCUGAUAUUCACAUUUGAAAUGUACGAUGCGACACAGGACACUCUUGUGAAAAGCGCUUUAGAAGCGUUGAAUAAAGCGGCUAACAACGGAUUGGCGAUCACAGAAAUUGAACGAAGGGAGAUUGUCGCUGCGAUUGGUUUAUCUCCUGGACAUUGGUUUAAGUGUGCGAAAGGGCACAUUUACGCGAUUGGUGAGUGUGGUGGUGCAAUGGAGGAGGCAAAAUGCCCCGAAUGUGGUCUAACUAUCGGCGGCACAAGUCAUACGCUCACUUCCGGCAAUACUUUGGCGUCUGAAAUGGACGGCGCGAGGCGGCCUGCUUAUCCGACAAUUAAUAAUAUGGCAAUGUAUAGAUUAUAAUUGAAAAACAAUUGUUUCAUUACGAAGAAUUUGUUAAACGUUUAAAUAUAUUUCUAUCAAUAUACUAUCUUGCAGUA